AUGCGCAAGGCGGUUUUAAGCGAUGCGACGUAUGCACAAAAUUCCCCACCAAAGGUACUUGAUGGUACUGGCACCCACAAACAGCAACGAGCCCCUCCUUUCCCCGCCCUGAAAAUCGACGUAUUUGUCGUCAAAAUACUUACGCCCGACACACCAACUUUGCAUUGCAUCUCUUCUCACGUUCAGUCCUUCGAGUUCUGGACCGGUGCAUCGCUAUCUCUGAGAUAUCACUUUCAUUUUCUAGUCAAUUACCCCAGAAAAUACCGCCAUCAUGUCGGAGGAGAUCGUGCCUGCCUUUUCUCGCACGUUUUUGCUGGUCCCGGUUGCUGUCGCUGGUCCCGGUGCUGCAUUUGCGUCACAUACCAAAACAGCCCACGCAGCUACCCCGCCACCACCCGAAAUACACCACAAACGCACACCAUGCUAUCCAAAGCAGAUGCCCUUGUCUCAAGGGACUCGACGAGGCUCAACGAGACUCGAGGACGACUCGAGCUGCACUACACCCUCAACAACCCCGAUACUCUCACCAAGUACAAGACCGCCGCUCAGAUCUCUGAGAAGGUCUUGGCUGCGGUUGCCGAGCUCAUCAAGCCUGGCGAGAAGAUCGUCACCAUCUGCGAGAAGGGUGACAAGCUCAUCGAGGAGGAGCUCGCCAAGGUCUACCGUGGAAAGAAGGUCAACAAGGGUUUCUCCCACCCUACCACCAUCUCCCCGGCUUCCUUCGUGACCCCCUACACUCCCCUCACUACCGAUGAGGCCGAGGCUGCCACUGAGAUCAAGGAGGGCGAGCCCAUCAAGAUCCAGCUUGGUGCUCAGAUUGACGGCUUCGGCUCCAUUGUCUGCGACACCGUCGUCGCCGGUGAGAUCACUGGCCGCACCGCCGACCUGGUUCUCGCCAACUACUACGCCAAUGAGCUCCUCCUCCGCUUGAUGCUCCCCCCCGGUCUGCUCGCUUCCGGCACCGACGAGGAGAAGGCCAAGGCUGCUGCUGCCAAGGCACCCACCCAGGCCAAGAUCACCAGCCUGCUCGAGAAGGUCGUCAAGUCCUACGACUGCAACCUGGUUGAGAGCACCACCUCAUGGCUCUUUGAGCGCAACGAGAUCGAGGGCAAGAAGAAGAUUGUCCUUGCACCCGCCGAGGGCACCAAGGGCGAUGGCACUCCCGAGAUCGGUGAGGUCUGGGGUGUCGAGAUGGGCGUGAGCUUGGGCGCUGGCAAGGUCAAGACCUUGGAGUCAAGAACUACUCUGCACCGUCGCACCACCACCAACUACGGCCUCAAGCGCCCUACUUCCCGCAAGAUCCUCUCCGAGGUCCAGAAGAAGUUCGGAACCUUCCCCUUCAGCUUGCGCCAGCUCGAUGACGAGCGCGAUGCCAAGUCUGGUGUCGUUGAGUGCGUGCGUGGCAAUGUCUUCCGCGCCUACGAGGUUGUUGGCGACAAGGACAACUCCCCCGUCGCCCGCUACCUGUCGACGAUUGCCAUCACCAAGAACGGUAUCACCAAGCUCGGUGCGCCGCCCGCUCUUGACCUUGAGAAGGUCAAGUCGGACAAGAAGAUUGAGGAUGAGGAGAUUCUCAAGAUCCUUGAGCAGCCCCUGUCCAGAAAUACCGGAAAGAGCAAGAAGAACAAGAAGAAGAAGAAGCCGGCCAAGAAGGCUGCUGCUGCGGGCGGCGAGGAGGAGGAGGAGAGCGAUGAGGAGGGGCGGCCCGAUUUUACGCCCACAAUUUUUGUCGAUGAGGCCGGAAACAGGAACGCUCGCUCUGCUUAUCCGACGCCAAAAAACUUCAGCCAGCCGCCACUGCAGCCCGGGUCGUCACCUCAGUCGUCCUACCAGGAGGCACAGCAGGAAAAAGCAGCGAGCAGCGUAGCUAGGACUCAACAGCCGCUCACUGAUUCAUCCAACAGAAGGUGUUGGACUGAAUGGAAGCCUGAACUGGCGGCAAGCCCGACAAAGACAAUGAAAGUCAUCCAUCUACUCCGUACCUGCACGCGCUACGCAUCCUUGAGCAUGCCUGACCUUCUUCCCCUGAGUGCAACUCAACUUAAUGAGAGCGAGACGACAGGGGUAUUAAUGUCUCGAUGGGACGAUGAGACGGAGCACGCCAGGUCCCAGGAGACGCCGUCGGCCGGGGGAAGAAGAGGUCUCCGGUUUCCCGUCCUCGCCGGGGCCCUGGUCGUCGUCGAUACGGCAGAACUUAGAAGACCCGCCAGAUACCCAGAUGGCGGGUGCCCAGCCCCUGGUGAUGGAAGGGCCAAUAGUGAGCUUGGCCGAUGUUGUGGCACUGAACCACAGGUUCCCAACAGCGCUGUGACCUGCACCCGCCCCCCCUGCCCACCACCUGUACUCGCCUUGAGUGCCUUGAAUGCCGCCGUGUGCCCGCCUAAGGUAGACGCCCGUGGCUGCUCAAAGGCACCCGAGGCAGGGAAGGACUUCACACCCUUUCUUCUCCCAUCCCUCCUUUUCCUAAAGUCAUUCGCGUCGCAAGCGUCCGACUCGGAGCGUUUGCCCGUCUGGUCCAAGGCAAGGAGGUCAGGGGCCCUCGAGAGCCCAGUUGCCAUGAUGCCCACGAGUACGAGAGCCACGCGGUCGCGCUUUUCCAGCCCGCAUCAGCACGCCAACGGAGGAGGAGUAUCGGAACCUGUCAAGAAGAGCAAUGGAGCAAGCGAGGCCUCGAGGACCUUCAUGCAGAAAUGGUUGGAGCCUACGGUGCAGAGCAAGCCGAGCUUCGAGGAGGCUGGAUUGAUGCGAUACGGCGUCACCGAGAACAUGGCGCCCCUGGGCACGCUGCCAAAGGGACCACAGGCCAAAAAGCCGGGUCAGGAAGUCGCGAAUCCCGUCAGGAAGAUUAUCCUCAAGUCGAGCUCAGCAAGUUCUGCUGUCGCUGCUGCUGCAAAGGCGGCGGCGGCGGCAGCGGCGGCAGCAGCUGAUGAGGCAGAUGCGUCUUCCAUGGCAAAUCGCUCAGAGACACCGACACCGACACCCCCUCCGCGCCUGCCUACUCCUCCAGCCAACGCUCAAAAGGCGACCAGAAAAUCUCUUCCCGCACGUGGUCUGGACGACGACGACGAAGACGAGGACUACACGCCCAAGGCAGCCGCAGGAAAGAGCCAGGGCCGUCGUGCAUCUGCCUCCAUCUCACGCAAGAGUGUGUCGCGCUCAUCGGUAGGACGCCGUGCAUCAGCUUCACUUCAUCAAAUGGCUCCCUCGAGCGACGCCGUGCAGCCUUCAGAAUCGACGCCCGAGAACAAGGACGUCGUCGAGAGGGCUGUGGAGGUCGCAAUCGACGAGGCGCUCCGGCAUUACCGCUAUCCCACUGCGUGGGCACUCCGGACCCUCUACGACGAAAAUUCUUCUAACCUGGUCUUCCUCUCCAUGUUUGAGGACGUUUACCACCAAACAGCCGACGAAGACACCCUCGACGAAUUUUCUCGCCUUAUUGAGGAGAAGAAGCGAGAAGGCAAGAAGGACAAUCAGGCUUGCUACUUUUUUGUGCCCCCUUCCACCAACUCGCGCUUCACCCCCCACAAGCCAAAGCCUGCGCCCUACAGCAAUCUUCUCUCUCUCGACCUCUCAAAAUCGGACGACGAAGACGACGAUAUGCCUCAAGUUACCCCGACAAAAAAGGCUAGGAAGCGCAGGGAGAUUCCGGAAUCACCCAUGGGCAUGAGCGUCGACGACGAAGAAGACGACGACACUACUUUACUGGCGGCGGAAACCACCAUCGCGACCAUGACCCCGUCACGCAAGCGUGCCCGAAGAGAUUCUGCAAGCAGCGACUCGUCCUUGUCAGAGCUCUCUGCAUCUCCGUCUCUGCCACCCGACUCGCCUUCGCCCAGCUCUCCGCCCGUUUCCGUGGCUGUUCAAGGCGAUAGCCACAGUCGCCGUCACAGUGCCACGACGGCUGCCACGGCUGCUGGGGCCGACCCCGAGACCACCUUGACCAGCGCACCACCGCCAGCCGAUCCACAGCCAAUGAAGAGACGCGGCAGAUCCCUUGCUGCUAAGGCGAGCGUGUCUGACGCAUCCAACCCAAACUCACCCACCCUCCCCCCAAACGUAUCUCAAGCUGCAGGGGCUAGCAACAUGCCUGGUCGACUUUCUUCGCCCAUUUUCCCCAACCUUUCGACGACAGCAGCACCCUCAAAGGCGAAUGGCAAGAAGAACGCCAACAAGGACAAGACUCCUCGCGUACUGCCCAGCGACGAUGCAACCACCCUGCGGAGGAGAGAUGCACGCGAUAGCACAGUUAGCCAGACGCCCCAGCCUGAGAGCCAUAUUCGCGGUUCCGACAUGAGAAGCAGGGCUGGAUCUAUGGCCGCAUCUUCGCCAGCAGUAAAUCUGCGCAAGUCGGCAAGAACACCAGCGCCGAGCUCGAAUCUGCCUGUGAAUCUGACCCUGAGCACGAGAACGACGAGAUCAGCAAAGAGGACGCACGACGAGAUCGACAAUACGAGCUCGCCGACUGCGCCGUCAAUCCUCGGAGAGGUGACGCCCGCCACGAGCUCUAGGGCUGCGACACCGACGAACCUGCGCCCUACGAAGAAGCAACGGACUGGCUUGCUCGAGGGCGCCAGUGAUGAGUGGCGCGAGCCUGGCAGCGUCGCACCGAAGCAUCCUCGUCUCUGUCAUCAUCCACCCAUGAAGAAGAAGGGAGGCACUGCGGCUGGACUACCUCGUGCCAGCGGUGAGGGCGGUGCAGUUGCCGCCAACGGCGGUGGCCCAAUCAACCAGCAGCACGGAGCUGCGGUCAUUUUCAUCGAUGCCGCACCCUUACUGUUGCGUACGGGGAGCGAGGAGAUGAUGGGGCCGGGCGAGGGUCGGCGAAUGGUGAGGGCAUGGUUUUCGGGGGCCAAGGCGCACAUCCCGAGGGAUACUGAGUUUAGCGGCCAGUCCCGACCUCCCAUUUUUCCCGGCCAGCCUGCACCCACACUCCUACUCAUUUCCCCAUGCAGUGGCGUUGGAGAGCUGGUCUGCUGCGAGAACUGCUCCAGGUCAUUCCAUUUCGAGUGUGUCGACCUGGGGCUGGGCGACACUCUCCCCGAGGAAUGGUUUUGCAACGUCUGUUUCAGCAGCAGAUACCCCACCAGGGUGCCCGAACACAAGGGUCCCUUUGGCGGUUUGAUGAACACUCUGGAGAAAACUAAUCCUCGAGCCUACAAGCUGCCGCAAGGCGUGCGUGUGUAUUUCGAGGGCGUCAAGGUCGGCCCUGAAGGCGAGUACGAGGAUGUGGUAGUGCCCGCUAAGCCAAAGAAGAAGGGCUAUGAGGAAGCUCCAGACUUCUUCAAGGUUCGAGAAACUGACGGAUCUGCUGUGCUAUGCCACAAUUGCCAACACCCGACCGCCGACAAUCGAGCCAUCAUUCCCUGCAGCCUCUGCGGGCUUCACUGGCAUCUGGAUUGCCUCGAUCCCCCGCUGGCAAUCCCGCCUGUGGUGCGAACAUGGCGUUGCCCUGCGCAUGCAGACGACCUGUUAGCUACAUUGCCAGAGGAGCUUGCCCCAGCUCACCGCUUCCGGAAGAUCAAAGGCGCCCCGGUCAUCGUUCCUGCCUUCAGCCGCGGCAUGAAAAACAAUGGCUUCAUUGAGAUUGAUGAUGAAGAAUCCGAGGAUGAAAAUUCGGGUUGGAGCGAUGUCAAGACCUUCGGUCGCGUCUACAAGCUGUCUUCCAAGGGCGUUGUCCUCGAUUUCAUUUCUCAGCUUCGGAAGGAUGGCGCUGGUCACAUCAAAGGCUCGACGGCUUCAAACACCGUCCAGGCGCCGCCAGUCAGCGAGCCCAUGAGUGCUCGUUCACGUGUUGAGCAGCAAGCAGUGCUGAACUUGGUCGAAUUGGCCUCCACUCAACCCACUACCAAGCUUGACGAGCUCACAGAGGCAUUGCUAACAAACGCCGAGCCAGCUAUGCUCUCGCUCAUGGCUCGUGGCAGUGUCAAUAACUUUGCCAGCGGAGAUCUAAAUGUUACCGAUAAGCAGAGUCUCCGCGCAAUGCUAGCUCAGAUGGAAGCCAUGACUGGUCGCAUCAAAGGCUUGCUUGGAGACGACCAAAGAGACAGCGGUGUUUCUGGUAUGGGCAUCGAGGCCGAUCAAACGGCGAUCGACUGUGACCAUACCAACGGCACUGUCAGCACCGGAGACGACGCAGCCUCGAUAAAAAAUGAGUCCGUGGAGCCCCCUGCCGACCUACCUACGCCAGCGACUACGACCCAAGAUAACCCGGAGCCGAUCAACAGCCUGGGCGAGAAGUCUUCGCAGGAGGUCCCCAACGACGCGAACGAAGAUGAUGGUGGUGUUGAGACGCUAAUUGGAAGUGGAUGGUUCGCCUCACACGACCCCCACACGGAUCUGGAGUUUGGGAGGGCUCAAAACGAAGCAGCGAGCAAGCGCAAAGAAAGACCGGCUUCGAGCGACCCGACAAAGCAAGCUCGCAUAGUCAUUCAUGGCUUUGUAGCCAUGGAGAGUGCAAACUGGAUUGGCCGAAGCACGAAUGGUGUGAAGGCCAGCUUUUUGUACCUCACUUUCCUAUUCACCUUUCCCUCCAAUUUUCUUUUCCCCUUACUGGAAUUCCCUCACACCCUGCCUCAAUCUUUUGUCAUUUAUGAAGAAAAUCGAUACACCUAUCUCUACGAGCAUGGGCUUGCGCUCCUUUGA